AUGAGUAGAUUACUGACGGUCGAAUUGGAUAUGCAAACACCACAAGCAAAUAAUAAAUUACUAACCAGUCCUGGUAAAGGUCAACCGAAGAAAGUCGCAUCGGGUCAGAAGCCAGGCAAACCAAAGGCGAAGGUUACGUCGGAAGGGUCAUUGCCACCAUCCCAACAGAAUAAAGUACACGGUGAACAGAAAGAAACAAAGCCGAAAGGAAAUGCGGUGAAGCGUGGAACGAAUAAGCAAACACCCGAACAACAUAAAGCACCCGCGAGUCCUAAUAAAGAUCUUCCCCAGAAAAACGCAUCUGGUGUGAAGUCUGGUAAACCAGAUUCUACAGUUGGAUCAGACGGGUUAUUAAUAUCUCCACAAAAUAAGGCACAGAGUAAAAAAAAGAGAAAGAAGCCUAAAGGAAUUGACGUGAACAGUGAAACCAAUAAACAAACACCCGAACAACAUAAACCUCCCGUUAGUCCUAGUAGAGAUCCUCACAAACAAAACGCGUCGGGUGAAAAUUCGGAAACAUCAGACCCCAAGGUUACAUCAGACGAGUUGAUACCACCCCCACAAGAUGAAGUAGAGAGUGCAGAAACGGGAAAGAAGCCCAGAGGACUUUUUAGUGCAUUGAAACAUACCAUAAUUACGAAUAAACAAUGGACCCCCUUCACUGUGGGUAUUAUUGCUUACUUCAUAAUAAUGAUCACUACAAAAGUACUUCCUAAGGAUCAACCUGGAGCUACCAUAUCCUUAAUCGCAGUUGCAGUAAGCAUACUAAUUAUGCUCCUGAUUGUGCUAUUCCGGUUCUACCAUCGAAGGGGAAAAUUAGGUUUCUUGAAUGACAUUUUCAAGUGCAAAACGUCCUAA